GUGUUUGACGCGGUGUGUCGGUGUGCACAUGGUUGCUUCAAACUUAACCGUAUGUGUAUUGUAUUGAAAUGUGAUUUGUGUUGUGUUCUUUUUUCAUAAAGUAUUUUUUUUUUAAUUUUCGGCGCCAUGCAGAAUGUUCAAAACGGUGGCAUGUCGCUUGCCAAGGACGAGGAAAACGACGAGGUCCUUGAACUGGAUCAUUUACCCUUGGAUUCGGAAAAAAGGACACGUUUUCAGGUGAAUCGGGUAAGAACAAACAGCCAGAGUGUCGACGCGAACAACAAGGACUCAGCUGUAAUCGAAUUAUCCGAUGGGGAGCUUACGACAGACGACGAACUUCUUUCGGUCACCGAUCGAACUCGAUUGAAUUCGGAGUAUGCCAAAAGUUUUAGAAACUUAACAAGAGAGGCCUUACCACGAUUAGACAAUUAUAGAAAUAUAUUAUCAAUACAAGCGGCAAAUAGACCAACUUUAGAUGAAUUGCACAAUGCCACUCUUCCAAGCAAGAGUCAACCACCAAUUGAUGACGCAAACGGAAAAUCAAAUACCGAAGGACAAUUAAAAUUCGGCUGGAUACAAGGUGUUCUAGUAAGAUGUUUACUAAACAUAUGGGGUGUUAUGCUUUUUCUUCGCCUGACGUGGGUAGUAGCUCAGGCAGGAGUAGGUCAAUCUAUACUACUAAUUCUGACAACUACCAUAGUAACUUCAAUUACAUCUUUGAGUAUGUCCGCUAUUAGUACCAAUGGAGUGAUUAAAGGAGGAGGAACCUAUUACAUGAUUUCCAGAAGUUUAGGUCCAGAAUUUGGCGGGUCUAUCGGCUUCAUUUUUUCGUUGGCAAACGCAGUGGCUUGUGCUAUGUACGUCGUGGGAUUCUGUGAAUCUUUGCGCGAUUUACUGUUGUCUUACGACCUUAAAAUUAUUGACGCUGGCGUCCAAGACGUCAGAAUAGUAGGCUGCAUAACAAUUUUGGUUCUAACCGUCGUUGUGGUGGUUGGAAUGGAAUGGGAGGCCAAGGCACAAGUGGGGUUACUUGUUAUACUUCUGGUGGCAAUAUGCGACUAUUUUAUUGGUAGUUUUAUAGGACCCACUAGUGAGGAAGUUAAAUCAAAAGGAUUUAUAGGGUAUAAUAUGACAACAUUUACGAAUAAUUGGAAAUCGGACUAUCGCGAGUCUGAUGGCGUACAACACUCAUUUUUCAGCGUUUUUGCAGUAUUCUUCCCUGCUGCUACAGGAAUGUUAGCAGGUGCUAAUAUAUCUGGAGACUUAAAGGAUCCCCAGAAAGCCAUACCAAAAGGCACUCUACUUUCGGUUCUGAUCACAACGUUAUCUUACAUCCUGAUGGCCAUAGUGGCAGGAUUCUGCGUUCUACGAGAUGCCUCAGGCAAAGUUGAGGACUAUGUUAAUGGAACUUUCCCUGAUUGUACACGCGAAAACUGCACCUACGGAUUACACAAUAGUUUUCAAGUUGUAGAGUUGGUAUCUGCAUUUGGCCCAUUGAUAUACGCCGGUUGUUUUGCUGCAACUUUAUCAUCUGCCUUGGCUUCGUUGGUAUCGGCUCCCAAAGUAUUUCAAGCACUUUGCAAAGACGAGUUGUAUCCGAAAAUUAAAUGGUUUGCUAAAGGUUACGGGUCAAAUAAUGAACCUAUCAGAGGUUACGUUCUAACUUUCGUUAUAGCUGUUGCCUUUAUAUUAGUUGGUGAAUUAAAUGUUAUUGCUCCUCUUAUAUCAAAUUUCUUCCUUGCUGCUUAUACGUUAAUUAACUUUUCAACGUUCCAUGCCUCUUUGGCAAAGCCUAUAGGCUGGAGGCCUACAUUUAAGUAUUACAACAUGUGGCUUAGUCUUGUGGGUGCCAUUUUAUGCCUAAUGGUGAUGUUCUUGAUAUCAUGGUGGACUGCCCUUUUGACAUUUGCUGCAGUUUUAGCGUUAUAUUUGAUAGUAUCUUACAGAAAACCAGAUGUGAACUGGGGUUCUACCACUCAGGCCCAAAUCUACAAAAACGCUCUGCAAGCUGUUCACCAACUAAACAACGUUGAAGAGCAUGUCAAAAACUACAGACCCCAAAUUUUGGUUCUUUCUGGAAUGCCCAGUGCUCGACCAGCUCUAGUAGACUUUGCUCACUUAUUAACCAAGAAUCUAUCCAUGUUAGUUUGUGGACACGUCAACUCGAUGUCGCUUACCCAAAGGAUAAGGAACGUCUUGUACUACAAAGCAAACAGUUGGAUAAAGGCACACAAGAUAAAAGCAUUCUACAUGCAAGUGGAUAGCUUGAAUUUUCAAGAUGGUUGUACUGCUUUAUUAAAGGCUUGUGGUAUUGGAAAGUUAAGACCAAACAUUCUAAUGAUGGGUUAUAAAUCUGAUUGGCAAACUUGCUCUAGCAGUGAUCUUAACCAAUACUUUGAAGUUUUACAUAAUGCUUUUGAUCUGCACAUGGCAGUUGGUAUUUUGAGAUUACAACAAGGUUUGGAAGCAUCAACUCUUCUUGAAGAAGAAAGCAAAAAUAAAAGCACCGAUUUCCUGCCAAGAAAUAGAUCCUACAGUCAAAUUUCACAAGCAAGUGACCUGAGCGACCAAAGUAUGCCAGCAACUCCUAUUUCAAGAAACAAAGACGCUGUAAGCACUAAACCAGGUGGAGAUGAAACGGUUAAAAAAGCCAAAUCUGUUACGGAAUCCGAGACCAUGUUUGAAGAACAAAACGAACCUCUAAAAGAAAAAAUAACACAUUUAUUCCAAAGAAAAAAUAAACGAGGCGGCACCAUAGACGUGUGGUGGCUUUACGAUGACGGAGGUUUAACUCUCUUAUUGCCUUACAUACUGAGCACCAGAAGAAAUUGGACGAAUUGUAAACUCAGGAUUUUCGCGUUGUCUAAUAAAAGGGACGAGCUAGAGUUGGAACACAGAAACAUGGCGUCACUUUUGGCCAAAUUUAGAAUAGACUACUCCGAUUUAAAAGUUGUGUCUGAUAUCCAAAACAAGCCACAAGCCUCAACCCAACAAUACUUUGAAAGCCUGAUAAGCAACUUUAAACCGCAAGACGAUUCGCAAAAUCCAGAUUUGCUCUCUGAAUCGGAACUGAUGGCGAUGAAGGACAAAACAAAUCGGCACAUGAGACUAAGGGAGUUGCUUAUAGAACACUCCAACGAGGCAAAUUUGGUCGUGAUGACUUUGCCAAUGCCGCGCAAGAACAUUGUGUCGGCUUCGCUAUAUUUAGCUUGGCUUGAACUUUUAACUAAGGAUAUGCCGCCGAUCUUAUUGGUGAGAGGCAAUCAAACUUCGGUAUUAACGUUUUAUUCUUAGAUUAUUUAUUUGAUACUUAACGACUCUAAAUGUUUUUGACGUAAUAAGUUUAAAUUACCAGCUUUACUACGUGACCAAAUUUUAUUCAAUAAAGAUUAAACAUGAAAAACCUUCUAAAUAGAAAUAACAGAAACGCGUUAUAUAAAUUGUAUUUACCGAUAAAACAAGCUUUUCACAAUUAGGUUAAAAAAACGCACAUGUUAUACAUAAAUAAACAUAGGUUACAGAUAAACACAAGUUGUAUAUAUUUAUUAUUUAUUUUAUUUAAACCACUAAAAAAAUGUAAUUUCGAUAUUUUUACAAAUAAAUAUGAACCUAAUAAAUUAAUCUUGUGCUAUUAUUAAACAUAUAGGUACCUAAUCCAUCCACAGAGUAAUCCAAUACAUAUUUAUAGGGCAAAAGAGGACCCCGUUAUGCAAAAGGAAACCAACUGCCAAGACCCAAUUUGUGGGAAAUCGCAUUUAAAGUUUUUUAAAAGCAUAUCAUAUUUUGGAAAAUUAUAUCGUUUUGUAUGGUUUCCUAUUAAGUUAUAGUGCAAGCAAGAUGCAAAAAAAAUUGAAAAGCAUGACAUUCUGGUCAGGAUGCGGUAAUAAACCCAUUUUUAACAAAAAUGUCGGUUGGUUCCCUUUUGCAUAAGCGUCCAAUUGUAAUAUACAAUAACAUCGCAUUUUGAUUGGUACACAUUAUUUUAGUAAUUAAUAGGUUUUAUUAUGCAUUAUUUGUAAUAAAUAAAGUUGAUUUGUACUGUAUAGGCAGCUCAUAAAAAACCAAGCUUGCAAAAAAGAGGCCUGAGCCUGAGGUUAUGUGUCUGAAUGAUCUGAAACUUAUCCUUUUAAUUCUAAUUUUUUACUACUAUUUUUUGUAAGUAACGUUAAAG